CUUAAGGGGCCAGGUAGAAAAUUUUGCUAAAUCUCUGAAAGGGUAAAGGAAGUGCUUCUGAACUCUCGGAAAUGCUUAUAUCAGGAGGGACAUGAAGAGAAAGUGAACUGCAGAGAACCCAAACGCCGUUAAGUAACGGCUCCUCAUCAGUGUCUGUGUAGUGUGUCCACUUCUCUGAGAAUGGGCUGCUGCUAGUGUCAGAAUAAUCCGUACGACAGCCUCGUGACGUCCGUUCCCGUCGAAACAAACACAAAACAAAGCCCUCUCUACUGGUCACUCUCUCCAUUUCGUGGCGUCUCGAACGCGCUUCUCUCAAAUAUCAUUUUCAUUUUCCUACCCUUCCCUCUCUCUCUCUCUCUCUCUCUCUCUCUCUCUCUCUCUCUCUCUCUCCUGUUUUUUUCUUCUUUUUUUUUUUUUUUGGUAAAAAAAAAUCUCGGUAUCAUGAUUUGUGAGGAUCAAGCGAUGCGAUCUCAUUCGAUUCACAUAAGAGGUGAGAGAUUCACCGUUUCGUGGAUUUUGAUUUUCAAGCCUGAAUGAGUGGAUCCUCACUGGUCCAAGUAGGGGUUCUGUUUAGUAGUCUGAGAAAAUGGAGAGAAAAAAAAGGAAAGGAAAUGGGCAUUUUUUGAUGAUUGGUUGAACUAGGCUAGGCUGAAAAGAUCAAGAUUUUGUAUUUUUUUCCUUGCAUUUUUCUCAACAGCGAAAUGGAGGACAUAGCUUUAUUUCCUGCAGGUAAAAGGUAACAGUUUAUAUUUGCGCAUCUGUUGGUAAACCUUUUGGCUCUUGUGGUGAAUUUUGUGGCAAAUAUCCUGACUUGUUGGAAGUAAAAUGUUCAAUGUCAUAUAUUAUAUUGGAUGAAAGCUGGAUAUGGUGCGCUUCACAAGAUAGAUUAAGUCAUGUACAUCUUUUAGCAAAAGAACAUCUGCUUCAAGAGUGUCAAAAAAAUCAGAUUUUGAGUUAAGAAGAGACAUAGAAAUUGCAAAUGAUUACAUAUGAGCAAGAUCCUGAUGUUGUUCGGUGGGGUCUCCAGCUUUUUGAUGGUGAUCCGUUUUCUAAUUGCGGGUAUGGUGGCACCAUUGUACAAAAUGAUGUAAGUUAUUAUGAUGGACCAUAUUUCAAGGAAGAUCAUUAUGAUAAUGAAUGUAGCAAUGUGGAGAAUGAUGAGAUUAUUGCACAUGCUCUUCAAGAAGAACUAUCACAACUUGCUGUUGACGAAGCAGCUGGACUUUCACAUGAAGUGGUAGAGGAUUUGCAAGUAUCUAUUUUUCCAGAAGAAUGGCCUGAUCAAUCUAUAGGAAAUUAUGGAUUUGGGCAUGAGAGCGGCCAGGAAGAUACAGAUGAUAUGGGACUUUCUAGUUCAUGUUCUAGUCCUGACGAAAAGUCAUACAAUGGGGAGGAUUGGUCAUAUUCUCUAGAUCUGACAGAUGAAUAUGCACUCGAUGGUGAAGUAGGCAAAAUAUUGAAUCAGAUGGUUCCUGUUCCUCAUGUUCCUAAAAUCAAUGGAGAAAUACCCUCUCUUGAUGAAGCAACUCUAGAUCAUCAGAGGCUGUUGGACCGAUUGCAGUUAUUUGAUUUGGUGGAGCUUAAAGUUCAAGGAGAUGGUAACUGUCAGUUUCGUUCUCUGUCAGAUCAAGUUUAUUGUACUCCUGAGCACCACCAAUUUAUCAGACAACAAGUUGUAAAUCAGCUUAAGUCUUACCCAGAGAUAUAUGAAGGAUAUGUUCCCAUGGCUUAUGGUGACUAUUUGGAGAAGAUGUCCAAGACUGGAGAAUGGGGUGAUCAUGUCACUUUGCAGGCUGCCGCAGAUUUGUAUGGUGUUAAAAUAUUUGUCAUAACAUCUUUCAAGGAUACAUGCUACAUUGAGAUUCUUCCAAAUGUUCAAAGGUCAGAGCGAGUAAUGCUUUUGAGCUUUUGGGCAGAGGUUCACUACAACUCAAUAUAUUUUAAAGGAGAUGUGCCUGAAUUUGAGACUAAGAAGAAGAAGAGAUGGUGGAGUUUUCGAAAUAAGCAAUUUGAGUCACAGGAUGAAUGCACGAGUGAAUGAGUGGGAUUUUAGGGGCAUACUAUACCAAGGGCACAAAUUUCUCCUGCCACUGCACUUUGGGAUGGCUUGAGCAUUUCCUCACCUGAAAUAUCUCUCAUCUGCAUUCUUUGUUCAAUAAUAAUCCUUUUUUUUUCUUUUUGGCAAUAUUAAGAACUUUGCUGGCAGCAUUGAUACGGUGCUGGUAUUCUAGAUUCCCAUCUGCUUGACUUUCGCAUUUUCAGAAUGUUUUGUUAUUAUGUACCAUUUUUCUUAGCAUUGUACAUGCCAUUUACAAACCCAUGUUCAUGGAUGAAAUUUGGUGGGUGUUUUUUAUCCCUCUCUUUCUGGAAGAAUGCAAAGUGCAACUGUGCAAUUAAUAUAA